AGCGGCGCUGGGGUUCGGGCGCUCCCCCUCAGUCGAUGCGCAGGGCAGGCGGAGGCGUGCGGAUGCGGGAAAGAAAUAAAUGAGGAGUCAUAGCGAAGACCUAGUAUUUCUAGCCAAGGGGAAGGAGCAGGCCUCUCGGAAGGGAGCUGACGUUGGGGAUUACUGGAGCAGGGGGAGCUGAGCUCACGGGACUGGCUCCCACCCCGGGCCAGCGCUAACUUGUGGGCACAGCUGCUUCCCGGAGCUCUUUCUGCUACUUACACACCGGCAGCAAUGGAAGCGAAUGGCACUUUCCUCGCUUGUAACAGGCUGAAAGAUGACAAGGAUCUGAAGUUUCUCCUGAAAGGCAGCCAGCUGCUAAAAGUGAAGUCAAGCUCUUGGAGAAAGGAGAGGUUUUAUAAGCUCCAGGAGGACUGCAAAACCAUAUGGCAGGAAUCAAAGAAGAUGCUGAGGUCUCCAGAGUCACAGAUCUGCUCUGCUUUCUUUCCACAGUCUCCAUUGAAGAUAUUCGGGAUGUGAGGGCAGGCCAUAAAACAGAAGGUAUGGAAAAAUACGCCAAGGAUGUCCCAGAGUAUCGCUGCUUUUCCAUCAUUUUCAAAGACCAGCGGAAAAACCUAGACCUCAUUGCAAGUUCAGAGGACGAUGCCAACCAUUGGAUCUCCGGCCUUGCGAAAAUCAUAGCCCACAGCAACAACAUGAACCAGAAAGAGAAACUCCAACACUGGAUUCAUACCUGCUUGCGAAAAGCUGAUAAAAACAAAGACAACAAGAUGAGCUUGAAAGAGCUCAAGAAUUUCCUGAAAGAAGUGAACAUUGAAGUUGAUGACUAUCAUGCCAAGAAGAUUUUCCAGCCCUGGUGCAGAUUACGGCUGGCAUAUGCCAGAAGGAAAGAAGGUUUUCACUCCUUCUCCCCUCUACGUUUACAGCACUGUGACAAGUCCAAAACAGAGGCUCUGGAGGAUGAUGAGAUAGAGGAAUUUUACAAGAUACUGACAGAGAGGAAAGAAAUAGACAAGAUAUUCCAAAAGUACUCAGAUGCAGAAGGGUUCAUGUCCUGCCAGAACCUUGUGAGGUUCCUCUAUGAGACACAGCAAGAAGAAGAUGCUGUUGUUGCUGCCCCUGCCUUAAUUCAGAGAUACGAGCCUAAUGAAAGAGCCAAGAGGGGUAAUGCCAUGACCAAAGAUGGUUUUCUGAUGUACCUGCUGUCCGAUGAUGGGAAUAUAUUCAACUCCUCACACCGUAAAGUUUACCAGGACAUGACUCAACCUCUCAGUCACUACUUGGUGUCAUCCUCACACAAUACCUAUCUCAUGGAAGACCAGCUCACAGGUCCAAGCAGCACAGAAGCCUACAUCAGAGCCCUCACCAAAGGCUGCCGCUGUGUGGAACUGGAUUGCUGGGAUGGCCCUAACUCAGAGCCUGUCAUUUAUCAUGGCUACACUCUCACCUCCAAGAUCCUCUUCAGCGAUGUCAUUAAGGCCAUCAAGAACUAUGCUUUCAAAACCUCACCAUACCCUGUCAUCAUCUCCCUGGAGAACCACUGCAGUGUCGACCAGCAGAAGGUGAUGGCUCAGCACAUGACAACAAUUCUGCAGGACAUGCUCUUGGUUGCCCCAGUCGAUGGAAACAAAUCCCAGUUCCCCUCCCCAGAGCAGUUAAAAGGGAAGAUCCUUGUGAAAGGCAAGAAGCUGAGCAGACACGAGGACCCUGCUGGAACAAAUGGGAACAACAACCUGGAGGCAGAGGAUGUCUCUGAUGAAGAUGAAGCAGCUGAAAUAGAAGACGAAUCUGUAAAGACUGAGAUACAGCAGAAGGGGAAGAGUGACACCUUGAAGCUGGCCAAGGAACUGUCAGACACAGUUGUCUACUGCAAGAGUGUCCAUUUCAAUGGCUUUGAGGACCCCAGCCAUCCUCGGGCUUUCUAUGAGAUGUCAUCGUUCACGGAGAGCAAAGCUCUGAAAUUAGCCCAGGAGUCUGCAACCAGUUUUAUUCAUCACAACAUCAGGCACCUGAGCCGGAUCUACCCUGCAGGCUGGAGGACAGAUUCUUCCAACUACAACCCCAUUGACUUGUGGAACGUCGGCUGCCAGAUCGUUGCCCUAAAUUUCCAGACAGCAGGCACAGAAAUGGAUGUCUACCAGGGUCGAUUCCAGGACAAUGGGUUUUCUGGGUAUGUCUUAAAGCCGGAAUUCCUCCGGGAUGAACAAACCAAAUUCAAUCCAAAAUCCAUCACAGAAGGAACAUGGGGGACAAAGAAGAAGCUUCUGCUUAAAAUCAUCUCUGGUCAGCAGCUGCCCAAGGUGAACAAAAGCAAAAACUCCAUUGUUGAUCCUAAGGUAACGAUAGAGAUCCAUGGUGUCCAACAGGAUAACAACAAGAAGCAGACCAAAGUCAUUGAAAACAAUGGCUUUAACCCAAAAUGGGAUGAAGAGUUUACAUUUGACAUAGAGAUCCCUGCACUUGCCCUGGUCCGGUUUGUGGUGGAAGACUUUGAUAUGUCGACCAAGAAUGACUUUAUUGGGCAGUACACCCUUCCUUUCACCAGUCUGAAGCAAGGUUACCGCCACAUCCAUCUUCUAACCAAGAACGGAGACCCGUACUCCUCCUCCACCCUUUUUGUGUACAUCAAUAUUGAGGACUGUGAUUAGCAUCUCAGCUCUUUCACAGUGAACCUCAUUAUGGAUGUAGAAGGAAUCCAGCAUAUGAAGUCUGCAAAUGUCAGGGUUCCAUCAAAUCCCCAGCACAUUCUCUGGAGCAGCCCAUGGUGCUCCACAGGACCCCUGAUGUGAGAUAGCCAUCAACCUUUUUCUUUCUGUGUGCUGGAAACAUCCUGAUGCUGCUGUUGAGAUUAAUCCUUUUGUACCUGUUCGACCAAUCCAGCUGUGGUUUUAGUUCACUCAGAGUGUGACUUUUUAAUUUUGCUUUUAAUGAGAGGAUAGGAACUCCUUUUUAGCAAAAUACAGCUCUUGGGUUGGGUUUGGUUAGACAUCUGGACAAAGCAUCUGUGCAAGAAAACACCCGCCCUACCACUGACAUCAGUGGCCAGAUGCCAGGUGACUUCUUGCAGCUUCAGAUGUCAGCCGUGUUUCACCAUAUGAAGUCUUAAAUGGGGACUCGAUUCUCCCCUUUCCUGUUACAGAUUUAAAAAGAGAGCUGCACUACAAAGCCCCAUGUUAUAUAACUCGGCUUCCCUUUUGUAUUAUAAUGAAAAAUACAUGAACACUACUCCGCCUGUGUGCCUGGCUCUCAGCCAGGGCUCUUUGCAAUCACAGCCUCGCUCUGCUCCUCUGAAGGAGAAAGAAGCUGCCAAACGGCAGAAUUCCCUCUAACCCAAAGUGAAACCCGCUCAAAGGGACCUCAGAGAAUGUUUUUUGUCAGUGUCAAUGGAAAUACACUCAACUGACCAUAGGGCUUUUUUUAAAACGCAGUAGAACUUUUUUGUGUUUUUAUAGAAAAACGUAAUUUUUUAACACAGAGGAAGUGGCGGUAGGAGCUGUUGUAAAUGUUAGCCUGUCCCACUUGCACUGCAGAGGUAACCUAGCACAGACAAACAAGUGUGUUUUGAACAGCAACAGAGUAUUAUUUAUGGCAACAAGUGAUUUUUCUUCAAGUACAAAGUUAAGGGAAUAUUGUUGAAAUAAAAUAAUAUAUAUGUUGAAGUGCCAACUAUAUUACUAACAGUAUGUUAGAAUAUUAAAAGUAAAACAAUCUGGAAAAGUCCAAUUAUUUGUCACUAUUUGCCUUGUUGUGUUACUUGAAUGCAGCUCACACGAAUUUGGAGACAAGACCUGCUUAAGUUCUUCAAGCUAUCAGUCUUUCUGGGGUUUCUUGUGCCCAGCAGUGGAGAGGACAGGCUGCUAUCAAAGAGGUUAAUGUCCCUUUAAAUCUAUUCCAUUCCCCACUUAUUUUUGAGUCCAGAAUAGCCUGGCUUUCGUAGUCCUUGGGCCCACAGCAAAACUGGGUUUCAUUUAGUCCUACCUGGAGUUUUUUAUACUACAGUUUUCCUUGCUGAACACAUUGAAAUUUCCUCUUCACUACAAUAUUAUGUGAUGUUGUAAACCAUUGCCAGAUUAAAUGUGAAUUAUACCCACAA